AUGGUGUAUGGGGGGAAGCCUAGCACUGGAUGUUACCUGUGUCGCAAGCGAAAGAUUAAGUGUGAUGAAGGGCGCCCUGGGUGCCGGAAUUGUGGUGUCUACGGGAGGCCUUGCCCGGGAUACCGCCCUGAUGCAGUUUUCCGCAAUGAGAACAGGAAAGUUGAGCGCCAAGCAAAGAAGGACACGCUUCCUUCUGAUACCAGCAGCCAAAGAGUAACACCCAUUUCGCAAUCUUCGGGAAGUGCGGACUGUCAUCCUGGGGGGCCCUCAAGCACUAAUACCUCGCUGUCGUUGAUUCCCAUGGCGGAUGCGACAUGGGAAGAUCGCGCAUUAUGCUAUUUUUUCGAUCAAUAUAUUAUUGUACCCGAUAUUGAAGAUGACAUGGGCCACUUAGACUAUUUGCCCUCGCUUUAUUCAAAGAUCGAUCAGCAAAAGUCGACAUCUUCUUGUCUUCGGUGGGCGGUCGACGCGACGGCAUUUAUGACUCUCGCCAACGUCUCACGAGCACCUCAACUCAUGAUGAAGGCGCGUCGAGGGUAUGGAAAGGCCUUGAGUAGUCUGCGUGAAGCUUUAGCAUCGCCUACCGAGGCUCUGAAAGAUGAAACAUUUGCCUCUGUGGUGAUUCUGUCACUCUUCGAGGAUGUCACUGGUGAACGAAAUGGUCUAUAUAGCUCUCACACCGCUGGGUUCGAGUUUCUCAUGAAAAUCCGAGGUAAGGGUCAACUAAACAAUCGACACGGCCGGGAUAUGUUCAACUUUGCCUAUACACACACUUCCGUUGAGAUUCUCGCGUUGGGAGAUAAGCCUCGGAUCGAUAUGGACUGGAUUAUAGACCAAUUUAACGUCGACGAUCCUGUCGAACGGCUCAUGCUAGCUGCAUCCAAACUUAGCCAAAUUUUCUUGGCAAUGCAAGCAGCAUCCAGUUCGCCUGAUUUAGCCACCGUCAAGCAGUGGAUUGUUGCGGGUCAGGAGUGUGAUUUCGAGCUCUCCCAAUGGACACUCCACCUCCCCGAUCGUUGGCUACCGCUAGUCGUCUAUUCAGCGCAAGGCGAGACUUUACUUACAUACAACCGCAUCUCCAACUGCGUGAUCUGGAACUAUUAUCGAGCCGUCCGAAUCAUGCUACAACAACUUCUCCUCAGCCUCAAACGAACUCACUCGGACAUCAUCUCGAAAAACAGGGUGCCUGCCAAUCUCCUUGACACCGAUGUUGCGCUUGACGAAACUGCCUUACGGGCUGUAAUUCAAGAAAUGACCACCGAUGUCUGCCAUAGUAUCCCUUUUGCAAUGUCUGAUGUGGAUACUCUUGGCCGACCGACAAAGCCGGGAGACCACCACACAACCAUCCGGGCCGCGCAGGGCUAUGGUCUCCUCUGGCCACUCUGGUACGUCGUUUCAUGCGGCAUGCCCUCACCACAACAAGUGAAUGAGAUUAGUUUGGUUCUAUAUCGCAUUGGAACCCAACAGGGCAUAAAUCUUGCGCUGAUUCUAGCCCGUGAGGCCGAACGAAUCCGUGGCGAUAGUAAUUCCUUCAGAGCCCCUCCCCCUCAGAUCGGACCUACCGGAGUUCAUACCCCAUGA